UGUAUACACAGGCUGCGACAUUGACCGCCUAACUCCAUCACCGGGUGACUCUCCGCGCUCACAGAUCGUGCCGGGUGCGAGAUACGCCAUGCCCAGCUCUUUCCUGCAGGACCAAUUUGUCAGCACUUAUGCCAAAUCUCGCUUUCACCCUGGCGUGGGGACUGGUCCUGGCACGGAGCGCAGCGUCCCACUCGGCAACAGCUUGCUGUCCCCGCAGCAAAGCGAAGAGCCCACUGUUGCCACCCCCCCGCAGCGUUGGUUUGUCACCCCUGCCAACAACCGACUGGACUUUGCCGCCUCGGCAUACGACGCGGCCGAUUUCGCCGGUAACGCGGCCACCUUGCUGUCCUACGCAGCGGCCGGAGUAAAGGCUCUCCCCCUUCCGACAGCGGGCUGCUCCAACCGGCCCCUUGGCUACUACGCAGACCCGUCUGGCUGGGGAGGACGCACGCCGCCGCAGUACUGCGGCGUAAACAGCAAACCCAGCUCGGUCUUUUCCUGCUGGCCCACCAACUCCCUCGGAGGCAGAGCGGGCACCAACUACCUGUCGGAGGAGGGAGACUCCAUCGCCACGGAAAGGUCGCCCAUCGGUGGCUCGGAAGAGACCAAACCCAAAGACAUCACCUCAGAGUCCAGCUGGAUAGAGACGCCGUCGUCGAUUAAAUCAAUCGACUCGAGCGAUUCUGGGAUCUUUGAGCAGACCAAGAGGAGAAGGAUCUCACCCUCUGCCACCCCGGUCUCAGAGACAGUGUCCCCAUUAAAAUCCGAGCUGCUGGCACCAAGAGAGUGCGAGAAGAACUGUACAAAGGACAUUGGUUACUACAGUUUUUAUCCUCACAGUUAGAGAAUCUAUCUAUCUAUCUAUCUAUCUAUCUAUCUAUCUAUCUAUCUAUCUAUCUAUCUAUCUAUCUAUCUAUCUAUCUAUCUAUCUA